AUGUCCGACUCCUUCACCCUUCCUCUGCGCCCGCUUCUUGAGAAGCGCGAGCGGCCGGACACCCUCCCCCAGGAAAUUGCCCAGAUCAACGCCCAGUGGGGAUCCUUCCGCGAUGUCACCGAGGAGAGCCUGCGUGCCAAAAUCGAGGAGGAAAAGAACAGGGACCCGUGGGCGGAGGAAGAUGAAAUCGACAAAGCGACCGCUGAUGUUGAUACGGCGGAACGAAUGGACCAGUUAUACAAGCGCCGCGCCGAGAUCACACAGUUCGCCAUGCAGGCACACAUGGAAGCUCUCUUUGCCCUCGAUUUCGUAUCGCUUCUCCUCUCCAAGCACACUCCUCGACAAGCCGAGCUGUCAAUGUCGGCCUACCUCAAACAGGUUGCGCCUCUCGGCUCGCUGAAUGCCGAGAUCGUCAACCCCCCGCCGAAGUCGGACGCUGCGCUGCAAGACAUCAAGACGGUUUCGCGUGGCUGGCGACUCCAGAACUUCAAUGCUGCAGCGAACAAACUCCUCAAAUCCGCCACGCGACUCGAGACCGAGGUCGCCGCCGAGACGAAAUAUUGGAAUGAAGUGCUUGCGGUGAAAGACAAGGGUUGGAAGGUUUGCCGCUUGCCACGGGACAGACAGGCUUUGGGCGUGCAGUAUGGCUUCCUUGAAGCCACCCCUAUCUUCCGCGACCGAGGCCUGGCGGCAUUACGACGAGCCGACGACGGAAGCCUGCUGCUAGACAAAGGAUUGAUCCCUCAGAGAGCCAGAACAGUACGCGUGCGGAUCAGGACUCAGGGACAAUAUACCGGGUGCUCGAAGGUUUCUUGGUCGUUACCCAGUGCGGAUUCAAUCGAGAGCCGGAUUCUACAAGCGCGCGACACGGUCUACGAGGAAGAGCUGUUCCAUGAAAUGGUGCGCGAGUCUCGGAUAAUGGGCAGCCAGGGUGUGACGACUCGCCAAAACCUCGUCCAAGUGCCCGUUUCCGACGAACAGGAGGUUCUUCUAGAUCUUGUCGACGUGGAUCAAAGUGAACCAACAGACACAGAGACGCAUUCCAAUGAGCAUGAUACCCUUGCGGAUGCCGUCGCACACUCGGUUCGGAUACUACUGGCAUAUGCUCACCGGCAGAACCUAUGGCGCAGGACACAGCCGCCGCCGCCACUCUCGCAGAAACGUCGACAUACUCCUGAAUACCAGCUGUUGCGUCCGGUCAUGGCCUAUCUUCAGCAUACCGCGCAUGUACGAUCUCUGGAGUCUUUUAUGAACGAUCUCCGGAAGGUCAUGAAGGCUGCAGGACUCCGAUGCGAUUUCACUUCUGCACCUUUUUCAUCGGUCAGACUUCCCCAGACCCGUUCUUCGAUGCCAAAAGUGGAGACCCUGGUCAAACAGUUCUUGAUGCCGUUCGAAUCUAUGUUCACCGGCAAUCUCAUCACCCCCGAAAGUUCCUUCUGCGUCAAAGUCCGUACCAACACCGUCUCCUCGUCGUCCGGCACCUAUUAUGAGAUUUCGGUCAAUCUGCCGCAUCACCGCGAAGUACAGCCCCCUAGUCGAAUUGGCUUGCAGACGGAAGCAGCCGCAGCCAUCAUCCAUUUUGCCAUGCUCGAUAUCGUGACUGCUAUCUCGCACAAGGGAACGAAAUCGCCGAAGGAAGGGGCCGAUGCCGGCAAGGGAGUUCUGAGGUGGGAAGUGGCGUAUGCCCAUCAUGGCGAACUCCGGGCUCUAUCAAGCUCGGGAAAUAACAAGAAGAUGAAGGUCCGGUUGUCGCGGGAGGAGUUGACGAUCCAAACCUUCCCAUUACGGGGGCUGGAUGGGUCCCGUGGGGUAGACGAGGAUAAGCGAUCCGCCAACUUGCGCUCACAGAGUUGGACGUUGGAUUCCAGUGUUCCGCGACCGAGUGUGAUGGAAUUUGUGGAGGAAGUGUCGCAAGACCGGCCUUGAGCGAGUGCCUAGGGGCAUAAGCUGUCAGAUGUUCUAGGUGGUUUCGCAUGCACUGUGAGCAGGCUGAAGCACUAAGGCGGUCAGCGUCCACGCUCGUG